AUGAGAGGACUCAAACGCGCCGCUGUUUCCGAAGCGUUUCCCGAAGCUAAUGACUCUUCGAAUGUGUCACCACCGAUGCAGCAGAGUUCGUUAUCGUUGGAUAAACAGAGGGCUGAGUUAGCUAGGAAGCAUGUGAGAGCUCUUAAUAACCAAUUUGUAAGUUGGGUGCAAUUACAGCUUAAGAAUCAUCCUGAUGAACUUUGGGAAGAUGGUAUGAAUGACUACAUUAGCCAUGCUUCAAACAUUCUGGAUAAGUUUAGGGAUGUGGUCAACUGGCUAAAAGAAAAUAAAGGAAAGGGGGAGAAUGCAUCCCCUGAAUCCCGUGUGUCCCCUGAAUCUCGUGGAGCAGAGAAGAAAUUAGCGGCUGAAGUCAAGAAUAGCGACGUUAAAUCAGUUUCAAAUAACAACCUGUUUGCUUCAAACAAUCAACCUGGGCUCUUCUCAACCAAUCAAUCUUCCAUUUUUUCGAGUAGUCAGUCUGGUUUGUUUUCAAGCCAACCUGGAGUAUUCUCUAGCAGUCCAUUUGGUGUAACAUCCAAUAGCCAAACUGAAUCUUUUAGCAGUGGCCAGUUUGGUUUGACCAAAAGCAGCCAACCUAACAUCUUUUCCAGCAGUCAAGCAGGAGGAAUGUCUAAUAGCCAAUCUCCUUUCUCGUUUUCGAAUAAUCAAAAACCUUUUUCAUCUGGAGUGACUCCAGUGUCCAUACCGGCAAAGCGGGAUUGCACAGAUGACGCAGACGGUGAAGAUGAACAACCUCAACCGAGCAGUCCAUCUGUUAAAAAGACUGAAGAGAAGGGUGUUACUGUGGUUCAUGAAGUCAAAUGCAAACUUUAUGUUAAGUCAAAUGAUCCAACAGAUAAAGGUACAUGGAAAGAUAAAGGAACUGGGAAUCUCUACAUAAAAUGCCAAGAAGGCGUCGACAAGGGGACAAAAGAAUCUAAACCCACAAUCCUUGUCCGAAACGAUGUCGGGAAACUGCUUCUGAAUGCAUUACUGUACGCUGGAAUCAAGACGAAUGUACAGAAGAACGCCCUUGUUGCAAUAUUCCACUCCUCGGAGGAUUCCAACAACGAGAAUGUAACCGCGAGAACCUUUCUUAUAAGGACAAAGACAGCAGAAGCUAGGGACCAGUUAGCGACGGCCAUCCAAGAAUACGCCCCUUCUUCAUAA